ACCAGAGCGGAAAACGAAAGCUGCUCCGUCAUCACACAUGGCCGAGGACAACCCUACAGAGAACCUCCAGGAUGAAGUUUCCUGUUCCUUGUGCCUGGAAUUUUUCCAGGAUCCUGUAUCCAUCCACUGUGGACACAACUUCUGCCGUUCCUGCAUCACUCAGUGUUGGGAGAACUCUGAGGAAAACUACCCUUGCCCUCAGUGUUCGGAGACGGCGCCGCAACCCAACUUGAGACCCAACCGAGAGUUGGCCAAGAUCAUCGGCAUCGCUCGGAGGCUUAGCUUGAGGGUAUCCAGGGAUGGGAUGAGGUGGGACAGGUUCUGCUGGAAGCAUCAGGAAGUUCUGAAGUUGUUCUGCGAGGAGGAGCAGAUUCCGAUCUGCCUGGUGUGCCGGGAAUCCCAGGAGCAUCGGCUCCAUUCUGCCGUUCCCAUCGAGGAGGCAGCAGAGGAGCACAAGGAGAAAUUCCAGGCUCAUGUGGAGAUCCUGAAGGAAAGAAGGGAAAAGCUGAUGGAGCUGAAAACGGUUGAGGAAGGGAAGAGCUUGGAUUUGCUGGAACAGGUGGACACGGAGAGGCAGAAGGUCAUGGCCUGUGCCAAGGAGCUGCACCAGGUCGUGGAAAAGCAGGAGAAACUUCUCUUGGAACGACUGGCGAAGCUGGACGAGGAGAUCACGAGGAAGCAGGAGGAGAACAUCACCAAACUCUCGGAGCAGAUCUCCUCCAUUGGGAAGCAGAUCCAUGAGUUGGAGGAGAAGUGCCAACAGUCAGCGUGGGAACUACUCCAG